UCACAGCAGCUCACACACCACAUUUAGUUUGCUUUAUCACAUAUUUCAGUAAAAUCACAUAUUUAGAACUACAGAAGUUCAGGACUGGGCAAGAGAAGCAGAAAAUUGUCUAGCAGAAGUUGCUCUGUAUAAGAGUAAUCUAUAGCAAAAGAAAAACUUAAUCCAGGAAAGGUUUCAGGAGUGCAGUGACCCAGAGUGAGCAGAGUCAGGAGCUGCCAUCUCAGUUUGCUUCAAACAAAGGCAUCUUGCCAAGAGCUCUCCAUCCACCAUGUUGCCCUGUGGUCCAGCUUUGACCUUUGUUCGGUGCCUGGUGCGUAAGAAGAAUGUCAAGGGGGAAGGUCUUGAGGACUCGUUGUGCCGAUGCUUAUCUACGCUGGACCUUAUAGCACUGGGAGUUGGAAGUACCCUUGGUGCUGGUGUCUAUGUCCUUGCUGGAGAAGUUGCCAAAUCUAAUUCUGGACCUAGCAUUGUUGUUUCCUUCCUCAUUGCUGCCCUGGCAUCUGUGAUGGCGGGUCUCUGCUAUGCUGAGUUUGGUGCUCGUGUUCCGAAGACUGGUUCAGCAUAUUUGUAUACUUACGUAGCUGUUGGUGAACUGUGGGCCUUUAUCACUGGUUGGAAUCUCAUUUUAUCCUAUGUUAUAGGUACAUCGAGUGUAGCAAGAGCCUGGAGUGGCACCUUUGAUGAACUUCUUGGGAAACAGAUUGGUCACUUCUUCAGAACCUACUUCAAAAUGAAUUACCCUGGUCUGGCAGAGUAUCCUGACUUCUUUGCUGUAUUCCUUAUAUUGCUCUUGUCAGGUUUGUUAUCAUUUGGAGUAAAGGAAUCUGCCUGGGUGAAUAAAAUUUUCACGGCUAUUAACAUCUUGGUCCUACUCUUUGUUAUGAUUUCUGGUUUUGUGAAAGGAGAUGUUGACAACUGGAGAAUAAGUGAAGAAUAUCUCAUAAACCUUUCUGCAAUAACAGAGAAUUUUUCAUCUUACAAGAAUGUGACAAGUAUAUAUGGGAGUGGUGGCUUUAUGCCAUAUGGUUUCACAGGAACACUGGCUGGUGCUGCAACCUGUUUUUAUGCUUUUGUAGGAUUUGACUGCAUUGCAACAACUGGGGAAGAGGUCAAGAAUCCUCAGAAAGCCAUACCCAUUGGAAUUGUGGUGUCCUUGCUCGUUUGCUUCAUGGCCUAUUUUGGAGUUUCAGCUGCACUGACUCUUAUGAUGCCAUAUUAUCUGCUAGAUGAGAAAAGUCCUCUGCCAGUAGCAUUUGCAUAUGUUGGAUGGGGUCCUGCAAAAUAUGUUGUAGCAGUGGGAUCCCUCUGUGCUUUGUCUACAAGUCUUCUUGGAUCCAUUUUCCCAAUGCCACGUGUAAUCUAUGCUAUGGCGAAGGAUGGGUUGCUUUUCAAAUGUCUAGCUCAAAUCAAUUCCAAAACGAGGACCCCACUAGUUGCUACUCUAUCGUCUGGUGCAGUAGCAGCUAUUAUGGCAUUUCUGUUCGACCUAAAGGCUUUAGUGGACAUAAUGUCUAUUGGCACACUUCUUGCUUAUUCACUUGUGGCAACCUGUGUCCUCAUUCUUAGGUACCAACCCAGUUUAACCUAUGAGCAACCCAAAUAUUCUCCAGAAAAAAUAGCCUUGGCUGCAUCAGAAAGAGAAUCUGCUGUAAGUGAGUCACGGAUAAAUAUGAUACAGGAGAGUCACUUCAGUCUUCAGACUCUGAUUAAUCCAUCCAGUUUACCUACAGAACAGACUGCAACUACUGUUAACUGUUUAGUGGGUCUGUUAGCUUUCUUGGUUUGUGGCUUGAGUGCUCUCGCUACAUAUGGGAUUCAUUUCAUUGCUAACUUGGAGCCCUGGAGUACUGGCCUUCUUGCUGCAUUGGUGGUGUUCUUCAUAAUUACCAUUCUCCUCAUCCAAAGGCAGCCUCAGAACCAGCAGAAAGUGGCCUUUAUGGUUCCAUUAUUGCCAUUUUUACCAUCACUCAGCAUCCUGGUAAAUAUUUAUCUAAUGGUACAAUUAAGUGCAGACACUUGGAUCAGGUUUAGCAUCUGGAUGGCACUUGGCUUCAUUAUUUAUUUUACUUAUGGCAUCAGGCACAGUCUUGAAGGUCAUCACAGUGAUGGAGAUGAAGAUUCGUGUUCGGAAAAUAGUGGGUUGCAAGAAAAGAACCCUGUGGAAGAAAUGGAUGAACCUGAAAGUGCAAAUGAAAGCGAUAAAUUUCUUGCACGUGAAAGGACAAGUGAAUGUUAAUUUAUGUAAACAAUCAAGUCUUUUAAACCUUUAAUUGAUAUUUUACUUGUGGACUGAAAUUUCAAAAGCUUUCUGCCAACAUUGUUCCUCUUGAAAGUGUUUACUACAAGGCCUGACUGAUGCUUUGGACAAGCUGCUAAUCCAUCUUCAUCAUUUCAGAACUGACAGCAUGGAAGUUAAUAUUUAAAUGAAACAAACAAACAAGAGAAGUACUCUUUUGCAAGCAGAAAUCUGGAUGUAUUGUUUGAACUGAUGUACAAAGUUGCUGGCAAUUACAAAAUAUGAAGAAUACUUGCAAGAAGUUCAGAAUAUUUUACACUGCAUUGUGAACACAGUGCCUUUUACAUGUCCUCCUUAUUUCUGUUACAUGGUCUGGUGUCCCAAAUAACAGUGCAACUAAAUCAGUAGUAAAAUACCAGGUACUAUUUUUUGUUGCUACAGAAAUCUCAUGGGAGAAAAAUUGAAGAUACCCUGGAAAAUAUUUCCGAAACAAAUGAUAAAUUGACAGACCUGAUGCUUUGCAAAAAGUAGAAGAUCGUGAAUUUAUAUAAAAAUGAUAAAGAAAGAAUUGCUUACCCUUACUAAUUAGUAGCCAUUAAGAACUGAAAUAGAGAAGAUCCUUUAAAGGCUUUAUUUCCCUCUAAAUGCUGUUCAGGAUUUUCACUUCUGUCUUACAUGAAUUCUUUUCACUUCAGAGAUGCUCUUUAUAUAAAAUAAUACUUCCAAGAGGGAUUUUGUUGUUUUCUGCAAAAACUUCUCUUCAGAAAAAUUAUGCCCCAAAUCCCUACCUUCUUUUCAGAUAGAAGGGGAGCUGAAAAAAAACACCAAACCCAGGCUUUGGAAGGAAUGCUUUUCAAAGUAGUAUUUCAGUACUUCACCAAGUCAUAAAAAUAUGUUAGCACAACAAUUUUUUGUGAACCAAAUCUAAACCUACAAAUCCAUUCAUGUGAGUAGGCUGUCUAAAUGCUAACUUAUGUAUGUAAAGAACCAAAUAACUGCAAUAGUGUUGUGUGAACCAUUGUUUUAAAGAUAGUGAAAAUGGACACUGUUCUUUCAACAUAAAAGUCACAUUACUUAAGAAGGGCACCCAGACAUUUUAACAGUUUUUCUCAGCGUAUAAUAGUCUUCAAUCCCUUGAAGGAUUCCACAAUAGGAAAUUAUUUUGCAAGAAGUCACUUAUAAAAAUAACUUCCCUAAAGUACAAGAGAAUUGUUUUGUACUUUUGUACUUUGUCAUGGAAAGUUUUAAUCUGAAGCAUAAUAUUGCCAGUAAUAAUCAUUGGUAUUAAUCUCCAUUGUUAGCUACAAAACAUUUUAUAUCCUGUCAGAAUGAUGUUGGUUGACGGUGAAAAGCACCUUUUUAUAAUAGCUGGAAUUGAAAAAAAAAAAAAAAAAAAAAAAAAAACCUAGAAAAGAAAAAAAGAAGAAAAAAAGCAGACCAGUUAAG